UUGGCUACUUUUAGAUCGUCGACGGUGAUCGGGGGUUGUGACAUUUCUCAGCUGAUUGUGUUUUGAAUGUUUGAAUCCUAUACUCGUGCAACAAUAUAAUAAUAUCAUGCGUUAUAAAAGUCUCUGCGUAAAUAUUAUGAAAAGUUGGAUGUUAAAUAGAUAUUUAAGUACUGUCGUAAUUAAACGCGGUUAUUCAAAAACAGCGGACCCGUCUUCGGAAAAUGAUGGAAAAACGACGCAUUUUGGUUUCCAAACGAUCAAGGAGAGCGAAAAACGAACGAAGUAUUUAUUUUUUUCAGUAUAUACUGUAUUUGAAAAUGUUGCCAAUCAUUACGACAUAAUGAAUGAUGCGAUGAGUAUGGGCAUCCAUCGUAUUUGGAAGGAUAUUUUUGUACAAGAAUUAGGACCUACUCAUGGUACCCGUCUCUUGGAUUCUGCUGGUGGCACAGGCGACAUUACAUUUCGGUAUAUAAACUUUUUGAAGACUACACCAAAUCCGCAAGCUAUACGUAGCUAUGUAACUGUGUGCGAUAUUAAUCAACAUAUGCUGGAUGUUGGGAAAGAACGAGCAAACAGAUUAGGCUUGUCACAGGACAGUAAAUGCACUGUUACUUGGAAGCAAGAGAAUGCAGAAAGUCUCUCCUUUCCUGAGGAUUCUUUCACCGCUUAUACCAUAGCGUUUGGAAUAAGAAAUGUAACACAUAUUGACAAGGCAUUGUCUGAGGCGUACAGAGUUUUACAGCCAGGAGGAAGAUUCUUAUGCCUGGAAUUUAGUCAUGUUAAUAAUGAAACUUUACAAUGGUUGUAUGAUCAAUAUUCGUUUCAAAUAAUACCUGUGAUGGGACAGUUGAUAUCAGGGCAGUGGAAAGCUUAUCAGUAUCUUGUAGAAAGUAUAAGAAGAUUUCCAAAACAAGAAGAUUUUAAAAAUAUGAUUGAGACUGCUGGAUUUAGAAAUGUGACUUACAAGAAUCUUACUUGUGGUGUGGUAGCUAUCCAUUCAGGUUUCAAAUUAUAAACAAGAUAUUGUUUUAGUGGAACAAAACAAAUAACAUAAUAUUUUGAGGUGAAGAAGGGAAACCGUGGUGGUACUGGCCGAUUUCUUCGAAGGAAGAUACAACCGAAUUUGCAUUUCACAAGAGAUAGCAGGCAGCAAUUUUCCAACAUUAUAAAACUGUUUAUAUCGAGCCAGGAGAGUUCGAAGAUAUGGAAAUCACAGCGAAAGGGAUUUUAAGGAGGCAAAGAUCGCGAAAGAUAAGAAGAGGGAAGCUUCGACCCAUAGAGGUGAGACGAGACCCAGUGAGAGAAACCUAUCGUGUCGUGGUUGUCAACAACGACAAUCACGCGGAUCGAAGGCCGUCGUGACGACGGGGAAUCCAUUCUACGUGGCGUAAUAUCUACAUGCGUCAUGCGGUAUGCUUUCUCUAGGAGAUGCAGGAUCGUGCCCCGGGGUGCCCAAAUAAAUUUCGAAAGAACGCAACGAGCGAGGAUGAAGAUGAGAAUCGGGAGAGAAAUAGACAGUUCGCUACAAACCGAAGGAGGAACCUCCGUGUCCUCGAUGUGACGCUUUUACUAAGCGUUCGUGCAGACCGAGUAAGAGCGAGUGGGGCACGUAAUUAAACUGCGUAAGGUCUCCCGUAAGUGAAUGGGUAAAUCGUAAUCUCUGCCAUGCUUCGUUGGACCCGCACGUUGAUUCGACCGGACGUCCCGCGAAGCGCUCGAAGGUAGAAAGGAUCCGAAGAUCCUCGGUCGCUGAAGAGAAGGAAAGAGAGAAACUUUGUUCUUUCGGAAAGUGUUUCAAUGAAAAAUAAUGUAAAACUCGAGAACACACACACACACACAUAUGUACCUAUUAGCUCAAUUUCUAACGUCUGAUUUUUUCAUUCAGAGAUACAUCUUAUUUCAUCGAGUCGAUUAUUAAAAUAAACGAUAGAGAAAGUUAUUUAUUUAAAGAUGUAAA